CAUCAUCUAUCACGUCUUCGACAUCCAAGUACCUGUUAUUUAUCAUAAGAUAUUAUCAUUAUUAUUAUUAUUAUCCCCAGAUGUUCAUCUUCUCUCUAGAGGAAAAUGCAAAAGACCAGUAGCCAUGGCAUCACCAUUCUCAGCCCCAUCUCGCAAAGGUGAUGCAUGGUUCUACGUCGGCCUGACCUCUUCUUUCUCUGAUAUCACCGACUCGGGCAGUAUUGUUCUAUCUGAACCCCGUUCUUGCGCAGAGCAGAACUCAGCCCCUGGUUGCAAGGUCUUCCACGUGCCUGCUAGUGACAGCUCUCAGGCCCGUCAGAUUGAGGGCGACUCAAUAUUCCGUCCCGAGGGAGGUCUGCGGGACCAAGUACUUGUGUUUAAAUACAAGGGCAAAGUCCAUGCUAUCAACAACCGGUGUCCACAUUCAUCGUAUCCUCUGUCUGAGGGUACUCCGUUCGAUAUCGAGGACUUUGGCAUCGCAUUGAGUACUGGGAUUACCUGCCCGAAGCACGGCUGGUCUUUUGAUUUGUUCUCUGGGAGAGCAGACCGUGCCAACUAUAAAUUGGGGAUAUGGGAAGUCCAACUACGCCCCAGUUCUGGUACACAGAACACAGCAGGCAGUGAGAAAGAUGGAGACGACCAAGAGGUGUGGGUAAGGAGGAAGCAGAGGAUGGGAUAGCAUAAUACUCUGAAAGACACUCCACCGAUAUUUAUAUUGGCGGGAAUCACCACAGCCAUAGGGAAUGUUAAGCAACACGUUGCCAAACUCGAGUAGUAGUAUUCUACAAUGGCCGGACAAUAGAUGUAAGUCAGCUGGGAUUACUGACUGUUUCAAGGAAGUGUUUCAAUAUAUAAGAACGCACAUUUAUUUACCCAAGAAAGCGAUCUCAAUAAACAUGCCGAGCUAAUACAUUUUCAUACCUCUCGGAAUAAAAAGUUGCCUCAAUAUGGGAGACUAAAAACCAUAGUUGAGUCUAAUACUGUGACAAUGUAUUAAACCCAAUACAACAACGAAGCAAUAUGAAGAGAGAAAAAAGGAUAAUCUGAGGACUGAAA